AUGGUACCCAGUGAAAAUGACAUGGUGUCUGCGGUGGUCAAAAUUGCUUUUCAGAUUUACCUCACUUGCAGUCUUAUUAACUCGUUCUCCUUAAGAACCGGUAUUGCAAACCAGUGUCCUGAGUCCACCAACGAUUUCACCGUCGCCAUUAUAUGUGCUUCCAGGCAAGAGCUCAUGGCAGUCAAGACUCUGUUCGACGAAGACUACGGUAUUGUCGGUGAUAUUUCGGGCAUCCACCCGUCGGACACCAACUCUUACAUCGCUGGGCGAAUCGGCAAACAUAGAGUAAUCCUUACGCAGAUCUCCAAAUACGGCAAGGUAUUCGCAGCGAAGACAUCCUUCUGGCUCUCGGUUAGUUUUCCGCAAAUCCGUAUUUGUCUUGUUGUUAGCACUGGCGCUGGAAUCCCGUGCACAAAGGAUGGACAGGAGAUACGGCUCGGCGAUGUCCUGGUUAGCGAGGGGAUAAUUGAAUAUGACUUGGGCAAACUUCUACCGGGCGGCGUCUUCCUACGCAAAACAGGGCCCAUGUACGAUUUCCCUCCGCCUGCAGGGCACAUCGCCAGAUUCCUCAAUCUACUUCGUCGCCGGCAGUCUAUCAACAUGAUGAGAGAACGGAUGUCGCUGCAUCUGAACUAUCUCCAAGCUACCAUCUGCGACCUUGCAGGGACCAACUAUCCGGAGGAGAAUGAACUCUUUCCUCGGCUGUCUUUACGGGGGUAUUCAGGGUCUGAUUCUUAUGCCUUCAAUUCGGAAGCCAGAAACAAGAACGCUUUGCUUGUUGCUAAGUGUCCCUCCCUAGACGCGGGGCCUCGCGCGGGAGCAUGGUCAUGGUCAAAUAUACCUGCGAUCGAAUAUUUCAAACCAAACGUCCAUUUUGGAUGGCUUGCAUCUGGGGACAAAAUCAUGAGGUCCGCCGAGAUGCGUGAUCAGACAGCUGCUGAAGAAGGAGUCAUUGGAUUUGAAUGGGCAGGGGUCGGGGUAUGGAGGGAGCUUCCCACAAUGGUGAUCACAGGAGUAGGCAAUUACGGCGAUGGUUAUGGGGCCGAUCCUUGGCCUGCUUAUGCUUCUGCGAGUGCGGCAUCAUGCGCAAAGGCGAUCUUGGAGGCGUAUAGACGCUCUGAGCUUCCUUGA